GUGCGACUGCAGGGUUUCAAGCGUUGCAAAAAUGUUCGCCCUCAGUAAUUUGGUGUUUCUGCUAUUAUCGAUGCAGCAAGAACAACCGAGAACAUACAUUAUCCUCAGCGAUGAAUAUUUUCCAGCUCAAAAUAUAUCGAGUAGUUUCCCCAACACUCAGGUUAACAUUAACAUAAUCUCGGCGAAAAAAGCAAAUUUUGUCAAUUACUUGGAAGUGUUUUGUGGAAACCACAAAGAUACUUUUAUAAUUGGAUGUCUUCAAAGCCAACUUGAUCACUUAUUUGUGGAAUUGGCUCGAGGUUUCUCGAUGCCAUUUAUCUGUGUUGGAGACACGCUCACCAAAACAAGCCUUCAGGCUCAACCAUACGUCACACUCGGCGCUUCGCCUGUCGCGGUGUCCAGCAUUAUCUCGCAAAUGGCGGACAUUUCUUCAGCUACGCAUGUAUUUCUUCUCGGGACUCGGACCCAGACAAACAGCAUCCUACCUGAGCUGCUGUCGACAAAGUUAACUAUUAACAUUACCUACUCGGCCAUCGCUGGAGAUUUUGAAAACAAUCUAAACAAUGCCCUCCAAAAGAUUGAUUCUAACAAAGAUUUUGUGCUAGUUGUGUUCCUCGAGAGCUCUAUUAUAGAUAGAGCCUUGAGGGACGCCAUAUACAAUUUUCAUUCACUCGUGAAGACUGUUAUAGUCGGCGACGGGAGUGAGGAAAGACUGGAGCUGGAUUCCAAAAGAAGCGAUGUUCUACUUAUCAAAAUGGAAGGUUACAUGGACGUUCUAACAAGCGAUGCGAUAAGACUAACGGAUGCAACGGUGAAAAAGUCCUCGAAUAACAAGACGCACGAUUGCUUUUCUGGAACGGAUCAAGACAAUUUGUCAUUAUUUAAUCGGUGAGUCAUUACUCGACAUUACCCUCGUUUUCACCUUAAUGCAUGUUCUCAUUGGUUGCCGAAUCGUUAGAAGUAGGCAGGCAGAACGCUGUUGUAGAUAUACUACGGCGAACCGACAAGGGCUGUUGGCAAACUAACCAGGGUUGUCGGGGAACUGGUUUGUCGGCAAAAUGACCACAAUUCGUUUUACUCGCCAUAUUCGAAUAGCCUGUACAGUUUGGCAUCAAGUUCUCUAUUAUAAUCUUAGAGAGGGCCUGCAAUUCCGCACAAUGUUUUCGAAAAUAUCGCAAUAUAUUUUCAUGUUUGUUACACAUUAUACCGCAACACAACACACAACAACAGAUCGACACCUGCACAACGUCAUAAUCACCAUCAUCAUUUAUUUAGCUAUUAUUUCAAAUAGCUUUGAGGGCGCCGAGAAACUACUUAAACAAAUCAACAUUCAGCUUUCACCUGUUGGAGAUCAAGCAAACACGGAAUUCAUAAUAAAUAAGUUGUUGCCAUUCGGCCAAGGUGUCGAAAAUGUCGGCAUGGUGGCCGGUGGCAAAGUAGAGAUGUUUGAUAACCUGCUGAGGCCAAAGCUGAAGUGCAAGGAUCCAAAUGCACUCUGUGUUGUCGUAAUACUGGACGUACUUUGCUAUAAAAGCGUUUAUGAAGUUGAGUCAUCCAAGGAGUGCAUCCUAUCGCAUAUGUGUACAAUGUUCAGCCACGAGAUGGAUGACGAUAAUGCGACAAUAACUCGAGCAAAGCAUUUCUGCUGCAAAGGAUUUGUUAUUGAUAUUCUCAUAAGCUUGGAGAGGGACUUGGACUUUAAGGCUGAAGUCUACAUUGUCGAAGACGGAAAAUAUGGUGUUUAUGACAGGAAUUCGAAAAGGUGGUAUGGAAUGAUCGGGGAUUUAAUUGACGGCAAGGCUGAGCUUGCUCUCACUAGUUUAGAAUUGUCUCUUGCGAGGGAAGAAGUGGUUGAUUUUUCGAAUGUCCCUUUUAUAUAUCACGACCGAGUCAUCGUGAUGGCUGUAAAAAGUUCUUAUACGUCGCACGACUGGUUCGGGUUCACGAAGCCGUUCAGUACUUCCUUAUGGAUCACAUUUGGAGCUGCAAGUGUUAUUCUGGUCAUUGUCGUUUGGAUCAUCGACAAGUACAGUCCCUAUGGCCACAAGCAUCACUUCCAAGUGUUUACUCUGCGCGACAGUUUCUCGUAUCUCUCCAGCACCGUGUUUAAGAUCAACCUGGACGACGUGACAGCGGGCACGCCCCAGUGCAAGGUUUACCUAUGCCGUGUUCUCCUUUGGGACUCUGGUUUUAAUUUCUACCUACAUCGCAAAUCUAACGGUGUCCUUGAUGGAAGUAAAAGUUACAUUUCCAAUAACGGGUAUACGUGAU